AUGUUUCUACUAUCUCAAUUGGCUGCACCAAAUGCCAUCUUAACAUCCUUACUUUUGAAUCAUACUACUGGCACCUUAAUACUUUUAACUACUGUAAAUAGUAUCAAGAUUUAUAAAGUUGAAGAUCUACAAAACCAUCCAUUAAUUGAGUUAGAAUUAACAUAUAAAAUUGUCGCAAUAACGAAAUUCAAAUCUCUGAGACUUUCCAAUGAGAUAAUUGUAACCUUGGAUUCAGAAUUCAAUAUAAAUUAUAUUUAUAUCGAGGAAAAUUUGAAAGUCAAGUUGAAAACAAUGAUGACCCUUUCUACUGAAGGUCAGCUGCAAGCCUUGGAAUGCGAUCCAAUCAUCACAAUAGAUAAGUAUGAGAACCCUAAUUGGAUACUUAUACAUACCUUCAAUGAUUCGAUACAGGUUUUGUAUUUUGACCCAGAUUAUAACUUAUUUGAGAUAUUCAACCACGAAUUAAAAUCUAAGAGCAAAAAGAGAGUAAGGGCUAGCAAAAUAUGGGAUUUGGUCUCCUUUCCAUUGGGAUCCAUCAAAGUGUUAACGAUAGAAAUACUUCACAACGUUGAAGGGACAUUAGCAAUCUUAUAUCGCCAAUACGAUUCAACUAUAUCAAUGAGGUAUCUUAAAAUAGAGGCAAAAGAUAAACCACCCAAGCUUAUUAAACAAUUUGCCGUUUUCAAUGAGAGACCGUCGCUUGUUAUUCCGAUGCAAAAAGGGGGAUUUCUUUCUAUUGCUCCCGGAAGUAUUUUCUACUUUCCUCCACCUGAAGUCAAAACAAUUUCGAUAUCAACUAGCAUAAAGGACAAAAGUAUUGUGGUUAGUCAAAAUGAAAUGUAUAUUUUGAAAUCAAUUACCCAUACAACUUUAGAGUCCUUUAUUUCUUAUACAACUAUAGACGCUGAUAGAACAUUAUUGAUUUCGGAGUCCGGAACCGCAUAUAUGCUUUAUAUCAACGUGGAAUUCUCUUCUCGCCAAAUUGUUAUACUUAAUCAACUUAGCCUUAUAGAAUUAGGAGCUGUCACAAUACCGACUAACACACGUGUUCAUCAUAUAGGAGGUGAUUUAUUCUUUCAAGCAUCUAGAAUAUCUCGAUCAUGUUUGUUUCAAAUUUUACCCAACAGUCCACACAUAAAUAUUGUAUCAUAUAUUGAUUCGAGCCCACCAAUAUUAGACAUUACCACUGUUUCAAAUAAUGGGGAUUUAGAAGUAUUUACCUGUCAAGGGGGUUAUCACGGAAGCGAAUUAAGGAAAUAUUCUUCCGGGCCAUACACCCUACGAAAAUCGAGGCUGGCAAAAUUCUCCCAUGUCGAAUAUUCAUCAAUCGAAGUACUUCAAAAUGAGGUCAACCUAAUAUCAGAAGAUAAUUCAGGAAUAACUGUUAAUUUGAAAGAUUUUACGCUCAAGGGUCCCAUCUCCCCUAAUUUUAAGGAACACAAAUUGGCUUGUUAUAAAUCAAAAGUUGAUUCUUAUGUUCUCACACGUGGAGCAUACUACGCCAAUGACAAAGCGAUGAUUGACGGUCCAUUUACCUUAGGUAUUACGCUAUCGGAUUGCACAGGUAUUAUUGGAAUAACGGAAACAAACGAGUUGAAGGUUUUGCAGGGAAUGAACGAACCAAUAAAUUAUUCAAAGGAGGGCUUCGACGAGAUCACCAGUAUUGAUUGUGCAAAGUCAGAUAAUAGCUAUUUCAUUUUGAUAACAGGGUUAAAAGGAUCCAUAGCCAUAUUCAAAUUAAGCAAUGGGAAUGUUAUGGAAUUAUUUCAAGAAGUCUUAGAGGAUGAGCCUUGUAUUCUAAGCUCUGCGAUUAUACCAAAGGCGGAUAAAGUUGUGAUUAUUCUUCUGCUAGAUUCUGGGACUGUAUAUCAAAUGGUAUUUUCUGUACACCAAAAAAAGUUGACUAAAGUAAAUUCAUUGAAACAGAGCUUCAAUACAUAUCCAUACACUAUUCGGAAGUCGAAGUCAAAUAUACUAUUAUUCAACAAGAAUGAGAUUUUGUUGAUGGCGUACGACAUGCUACUGGGAUUUUACUGUCAUUCAUCCUUCACUAGCAAGGAGUCCAUUGUGGACCUUCAAUUUGCGUCACAUAACCAGAUAGUUGUUGGUUUUGAUACAAAAAGAAUAGCAUCUUUUGUUAUGGAGAAGGAGUCCCAGCGGCAAGCAAUGAUCAAGUAUAACUCGAUAUACUCACGAGAUCUUUUUACCAAAUGUAUGAAUAUUCCAGAAAAUAACCAUCUAGUUGCGAUUUCUACUUCGAGAAAUGAUUCCUCUUCAAAAUUGGUCCUCGUAGAUAAGAGAAAGUUUGAGACAGUCUUUGAAUGCGCAAUAGCUUCACAUAAUGGGGAAUUCGUCGACAUGUGCUACUUCCCUUAUGAUACCGAAUCUCUAUACACUUUCAAAGACACUGUACCGGAUUUUGUCGUAUUAUGUCUUUCAUCAUCAAAAGAAUAUCCAAUUUAUGCAUUCAAAGUUGUACACGACGAAAUUAUGUUCCAUCUGAAUUUGGUGAUAAACGGAUUUAAAUCAUUUGAAGAAAUCAACCUUCAGUCUAUUAGUUAUCUCGGAAACAACAGGUUUUUGGUUUCAGGAAAUGUAUAUGGUAUAAUACAACUUACCAUCCAGGAAGAUGAUAAUUUCAACUUGCAGAUUAUUAACGAAAGUAUUGGUAGUAGUCCAAGUUUCAUAGCUUCGCAAGCCUCACUUCAGAAUCAUAUAGCUAUUGGAGACGUAGUUUCAGGAGUGUACUACGGGAGAAUGGCUGAUGAUAAUGACGAGCUAGAUUUAAGCGAGAUUAUAUUUGACAACUCCCACCUGUACCUCACCUCGUUAGCUUUGGUUCAAGAGGAAGUUUCAAAGAGUGCUAUUUCGGGUGAUGCAAUGGGGAAUAUAAUGAUUUCAGGUGUAGAUUUCCCAGAAAACCAGGCGUUUUUCAACUUAGCGGACCAGAUAAAUAAAAUUUGCCCAAUAUUGAACGAUUCAACAUUCCAAGACCUAACAAGACUAGCUUUAAUUGGUACUGUCCUGGGAGCAUUAUACAUGCUUAGCAAAAUCAGAACAGAAGAGGGAUUGCCCGAUAUUUUUGGUGGCGAGAUCUUUUCGUCAAGUGCUAAAUCAUUAUCGAAAUGGUGCACCUUGGGUAGAAACAGGAAUGAAGUUGCCGAAGCGACCAACGACAUAGUCAUCAAUGGAAACAAUAUAACAAAUGUAUUGUUGGACAAGCGUCAUACUCAAAAACCAUCAAUCAAUCUGAGGACUAAGGAUCAAUACAGUGAAGUGCAUGGUCUGGACCUUGCGCUGUUGCAAAGGAUUUUCUUCGAAAGCCAAAGCUUAUAA